AGGCGACGAAUCCUUCAGCAAGCCAGCGGAGGCUGGGUACUGAUUGGCCUGCUCUGGGGGAGGCCGUGAAUCCAGAGAAGCGACAAGCCGUUCGAAAGCGAGCUCUGUCCAGUAAGAGCGGGACAAGACGGGCCUUGAUCGUUGCGGCCCCGAGCUACGGGUGGCCAGUGGCGCGGGGACAGGAAUGUGUCUUCUGCUGGGGGCUCCGGGAGUCGGGAAGACGCUGCUGGUGAAACGCUUGCAGAAUAUCCUUCCGCGUCGUACAGCAUGCGAGGGCACCCUGGGAGGGCAGGGGACCACUAGGGGUUGGCCGGCACGAGAACUCAGUCCUGUGCUGCGCUCAGGUCCUUGACCGCCCGUACAGUUGUGCUCCCCGGAUUGUAAGGGCGACCUGGGGGACCCUCCCUCUACGCAGCCCACGGUAGGUUUCUGCCUUUCGCGGGUCGAAGAAGGGCUGCCUUUUCGGUUUGCAAAACGCCUCAGGCUUCUUCGAGGGGAAGCCACUUUGCCGCCUGUUGGUGUGAUCUGGACGGCCUCCGGGAGCGAGGAGCAGAAUCUCCAAGAAAUGAAGUCCUGCCGCUAGACCGAGCGGAGCCUGGCGGGGCAUCCAGGUGGGCACCAACCUUACUGACAUUAUGGCCCCAAGAAAGAUCACCAUCCGAGAACUCGGGGGGUGCAUGGGCCCCAUCUGGUCCAGUUACUGUGGAAACUGCCAUUCACUUCUGUUCAUGAUGGAUGCCUCUAACCCCACCCAGCUCUCUGCAUCCUGCGUGCAGCUCUUGGGUCUCCUUUCUGCACAACAGCUGUCAUACGCAUCAGUUCUGAUUCUCUUCAAUAAAAUUGACCUACCCUGCUACAUGACCAUGGAGGAGAUUCGAUCAUUAAUCAGGCUUCCAGACAUCAUUGCUUGUGCCAAGCAGAACAUCACCAUAGCAGAAAUCAGUGCCCACAAAGGCACUGGCUUGACUGAGGUACUGUGCUGGCUCCAGAAUCAGCACAGAAGCAGCAGCUGACAAGGGGAGAAGUGUGGCUGCCCCACUGGCACACAGGCAGCAGGCGGAGGAUGGCAUUGCUUGACUCUUGAUGGUUUGUUCUGAGAGGGGUGAACAACCCAGCAUCACUCAAGAUGCUAGGGCUCCUUGCUGUAGGGCUCCUUGCUGAGCUGCAUCGGAGGGUACCUGAGAUACCCAGGCUACAAAAGCUGCUGACACCUGGCCUCUGAAAAAGAGUAUUCCCAGGGCUGAGAUGAGGACUGACCUGUUGGUGACUGGGUGUCCUGUUGUCAUCCUGCAGUGGUACCACUGAGACUUCUUCCAAGAAAAUACUUCCUUGGACAUGCUAUGCCAAUCAUUGUGUGUCACCCACAAUUAUAGAUUUAGUCCCUGUCCCAUUGGUACUGUAAGAACUGGAAAGCAUGAUCACAGUGACACUAUAUGACAAAAGACAAAGCAUUAACAGACUUUUUAAAUCAAAGUUUUGCAUGGCAUGAGAGCCUUCAAUGAAGAUCUGAAGAUCCAGGGAAAAGAGUUUUUACAAUGUUCAGGUUCCAAUCGGAUGGACAGUAAUGUGGAAAUGCCACUGGGCCAGGUAGAUGGCACAUAGCUAUUAUCACAGUACUCAGGAGCCUGAGGCAGGCUAAUCAUUGUAAGUUUGAGGCUGCCUGGACUACAUAGUUCAAGGCCAGCCUGAACUAAAUAAUGAGAUCCUAUCUCAAAAACUACAGUGAGAGCCAGGCAUGGUGGUGUGCCCCUGCAAUCCCAGCACUUGGAGACAGGUAGGGGAAUCACUGUGAGUUAAGACCAGCCUGAACUACAUAGUGAGGCUCUCUUAAAAAGACCAAAAAAAAAAAAAAAGUAUAUAAUUAUGUAUAAAAACAAGCAAACUACCAAAAGAAGGAAAAGAAAUGAGAUGCAACUGACCAGUAGGGUGUUAUCAAAUGCUAAUAGAUGGGGGGUAGGAAAGAGGGCCCUUGAUCUCCAGCAUUCCUUCCCUUGUGUAUGGGGUAAGAUUCCCCUAAAAUAAAGACUGUUGGGUGGCUGUAAA